UCGCUUACAAAUAUCCCCCACAAAACCCUGCCUUUCCAUUUUCACAUAAACCCCUUCUUCUUCUUCUUCUUCAUAUGGGUUCCAUGUCCGCAGAACAAAGAAAAGAUUAGAAUUUGGGAUAGUGGGUAAUCAGGUCACCAUGUCAGCUACUUCGAGGUUUUUACAUUUUGGAACCGCACUGGUUCGCUUCCCAAGAGCUUUAUCUCCAGCCCCUGCGGUUCUCUUUGCCAAUUCCUUCACUUUGUCUCAAAAGUCCCUAAGGUUCCCUAGGUACUGUUCCUCCGCCGCGGUCGACACCAUCACCGCCGAUAGUAGUGCAGUGGUCUCGCACCAUCCUUGGCCUGAAUGGGUCGCUUUCGUUGACCGGUUGAAGAGCAAAGGUUACUUUAAUGGAAGCUCUUGUUUAGAGGAGACUGAGAAUGUUUAUAAGGAUAUGAACCUCUUGAAAGAUGCUUGUAUGGGCUUUGCUCGUGAUCGUUACGAUAUUUUCAAAUCCUUGUCCGCCGAAGAUAUUGAGAAGGUUGUGGGAAGUGGAUGUCCUAAUCUUUUAAGAAAAGCUGUUAAUUCAGCAAAAAGAUUGAGAGCGCAUGUCAGGCUGGAUGAAGGGGAUGUGUGCAGUGCUUGCAAUCUGCGAGGUUCUUGUGAUAGAGCAUAUGUGAUUCUAAAGGAUUUUGAAGCAAAUGCCCGUACAGUGGAUAUCGUUCGUAUAUUGUUGAUCUAUGCACUAGAUCCUCUAGUUGUUUCAGGAGAAGCAAAACCUCUUGGUAAAGAGCUUGUUGAAUCCUCUGCCAGAAAACUGCUCUCUGAGUUGCUUGAACUCAGUGAAACAUCUAUUGAUCCGGGACUUCCCAAACCUGCUGACAAAGUUUCAAAAAAUACUGAACGAUCUUUCUCUUUGAUGGAUGCUGAACCAUCUGUUGAAAUGAAAAGAGGGGAUUGGAUGUGUCCAAAAUGCAACUUUUUGAACUUCUCAAAAAAUUUACGAUGCCUAAAAUGCAAUGAAGAUGGCCCUAAAAGAGUUGGUCCGUAUGAGGUUGAAAUGAAGAAAGGAGAUUGGAACUGUCCUGAAUGCAAUUUCAUGAACUUCUCUAGAAAUAUACGCUGCCUAAAGUGUAAAGCAGAGGGGCCAAAGAAGGUCAGUGUAGAUUUUGAAAUGAAGAAAGGAGAUUGGAACUGUCCAAAGUGUGAGUUUAUGAAUUUUGCCAGCAACAGGAAGUGUCUACGUUGUCGAGAGCCACGACCCAAGAGACAGCUUAAUCCUGGAGAGUGGGAAUGUCCUUCAUGCGAUUUCUUGAACUAUAGAAGGAACAAGGUCUGCUUGAAGUGCAAUUGCAAUCGCCCUGAAGAAGAAGCAACUAAUGAGUAUGAGGAUGAUCAGUUAUGGAGGCGGCCUCAUUAGUAUAUGGUUCAAACAGACUGACCAUAUCGAUUUGAUAUCUACUCUCCAUGAUUCUUUUCCAUCUGUCAUAUGUCAGGAUGACACCGCCAUACAAAAAGGAGAGAGCAGUUCAUAGGUGAACCCAUUAGAGGGGUUUGUGAGUUUUGGUCAUGGUGGUGCUUUUCUCAGAGCUUCAGCCUUACAGCAUAAGAAAGGAGUGAAGAAUACUUAAAGAAAUUUUUGGUUAGCUUGCAUUAUCUUGCUGCGUAUGUUACAAUUUCUGAAAAAGUAUGUUUUAUUCUCUUACUAAUGAAUAUAUUUUGUAAGCUGGGUAUUACAUUUA